AUGAAAAAGCGGGAGGAAAGUUUAAAGGAACAAUUUUAUAAUAGUUCUUUUGCCGAAAAAGCCCGUUUAAAAAGAGAAUUAACUGACCUCCAAGAAGAGAUGUUUGAAAAGAAAGAUGCAGGGAUAUUUUUAAAGAUUGAUAUUAAAAAAGAGGAGUCAUUACAGAGUCGGGCUAAUCCGAGCGCCAGUGAUAAAAAACCUAAACAGGUUUUUGGCGAUUAUUGGGAAAUCGCUCAGGAAGAAAUAAUAAAUGACAUUAAGUCUAGUGAUUUAGGUCAAGCCGAUUAUGAUGAAAUAUUAAAAUUAGUUCGCCAAGCCAAACAAAAACAUGAAAUUAUUUCCGCAGCGGAAGCCCAACGAACGGGUAAAAAAGUUUAUUAUCAAAAGAUUUGUAAUUUAAGUGAUAAAAUUACUAUUCGGCAUUAUGACGAAAAGUCUGACAAGUCAUAUUUGGGAACCAUUGAAGGCCAGUGA